UGGCGGAGAGGCGCCGCCAAUGAGAGGCGGCCGCGGCGGGGUCAGGUGGUGGUUGCUGUCGGUUGAGGCGGUGAAGUCGGCGGCUGCUGGAUCGGGAGUUGGAAACGGCGCCAUGAAUAUCCGAAACGCCCGGCCUGAAGACCUGAUGAACAUGCAGCAUUGUAACCUGCUGUGCCUGCCUGAAAAUUACCAGAUGAAAUACUACUUCUACCAUGGCUUGUCGUGGCCCCAGCUUUCUUACAUUGCCGAGGAUGAGAAUGGAAAGAUUGUGGGUUACGUCCUGGCUAAAAUGGAAGAAGAUCCUGAUGAUGUCCCUCACGGACACAUCACCUCCUUGGCAGUGAAGAGGUCCCAUCGCCGGCUCGGAUUAGCCCAGAAGCUGAUGGACCAGGCAUCCAGAGCCAUGAUCGAGAAUUUCAACGCCCGAUACGUCUCCUUACACGUCAGGAAAAGUAACCGAGCGGCGCUUCAUCUCUACUCCAACACGCUGAACUUCCAGAUCAGUGAAGUGGAACCCAAGUACUACGCCGAUGGGGAGGAUGCCUACGCUAUGAAGAGGGACCUGACCCUAAUGGCUGAUGAGGUUUGUGCGUCUCCUUCAGUUUCCUCUUGGUUCUUCCGCAGCAGACAGGGCUGGGGCUUUGUUAGUCUAGACAGGAAACGCCUCAGGGGUCAACUGAUAGAAG